GCUAUGAGGAAAGAAGUCAGAAAUGACUGAUGUGGAGCCUGUGGUCACAGAUUUUGCAGCAUCGGGAAGAGCAGGCCGCCGAAAUGCCUUACCAGACAUCCUGGGUUCUUCUGCUGCGGGAGCUGGCACAUCUGAACUGCCACUUAAAUUAGCUGAACUGUCCAUGUCAGAAGAUGAAGGAGCUGAAGGUGGAGAACCGUCAUGCUCUGACACUGCAAUGGAAAAUCAAGAAGCAGAAGGAAAAAGCAUGGAUUCCUGAUGUCUAAGGAUGCCUUGGCUUGUGAUGAUCACCAUCUGAUUUUGUUUUCAAUCUGUACUGGACUCUGAAUGACUCAAUAUUGUUAGCUGGGUGAUAAUAGAAGCUGCUUAAGGGGUUUAUGAUGUUACCCAAUCCAUCACAUAGCAACGUACCUGUGUGCAAAUUGCUGCCCAUGACAAUCUGGAGAAUAUCUGUUAAGGUUUUAGAAUUGUUUUCUGUCCAUCAUAUUCUUUUUGAUGGUGUAAAUAAAUAAGCACAACCCAACAAAAAUACCUACUUGGACCUUUACAGACGAUAGCUAAAAAUGGAAUUUAAAACAUUAUUAAACCCAAUCCAGAGCCAAUAUCCAAAAUGCAUGUACACUGUGCUGCAGCUGAAUAGUGUAUUCAUAAACCAUGGGAGAAAUCAACUCCAGUCUUAAAGAGGCACCCUAGAAUGAAGUAAAGAUUUUUAGAAGGGCAAACGGUUACGGAAUGGUAGGACACUGUCUGGUAUUGUUCACCACUUGCUUGUAGAGUUUCAUGGGAACUCCUCUGCUUCAGUGGCACAGUGGCCAGGAGAAUGCCAAUCAGUAAACCUCCCAGUACUCCAGAAUAGGAUGCAAUGCGCUGGAUCAUAGCGGUCCACUCUGCUGUGGCUGGACGCUUACCUCUUGAACUUUCUGCUAACACCACAGACUCUUCCACCAGUGGAGGAGACUCUUGCACUAGCGGGCCGUUCUUUGCACCAGCGGAAUGUGCCAGCAGAGAAGACUUUUAGGAUCGAGCCCAACAUUUGAAGAUACUGGAAGGAUGUCAUAGGCAGAAUCUUGUGGGUUUCCACGACUCUCAUGUUAACCACAUUCCACACGGAAAUCACAAUGGUGACAGAUGUGCUUGCUGAGGGGGGAAUCUCUUCCUAGCAAGAGAAUUUUGCACAUUGUGAGCUGUUAAAAUGUGAUGUCCCGAAACAGGAGAAAGACCUCUGGAUUCUCCAUAGCAACUGCACCUUUAUUAUGCUAUUGGCUGGAAAGGCCCUUCUUAUUGAUUGAUUGUUUUUUUUAAAAAAAUAACCUCUUUAUCUAUCCCCCUCCCCAGACCUCAAAGGUUGUUCCCACAGAAUCUGGAGCACACUGUAUUUGUGCCAGGCCAGGCUGUUUGAUCUUUAAAGGAAAUGGAAUGUCAUCUGUCUAUAACCUCAUGAAGACCUUCUAAGGCUUGAACUCUCACUAGAGAGGCACAAGGGCACAGAGAAAAAUGAAAAAUGCUCUUUCCUCAUCCUUUCAAAAUAUCAGGAUGCACUGAGAUCACAUAGGAGUAUGGAAUCCCUUUGACUGGACUGCCCCUCUCUCAUAUUUGACCUCUUCUGGGCCAAACUGUAUGUUAUAUAGGACAGCCAUGAUUAAUCUCCCAACUUUUGUUUUUUUACUGAGUUGAAACAGGAUGGAGGGAGAAGAGAUGCAGUAGAGGAAGCCAGAAUUUAGCCGCCCCCUUGUGCUGUUUUAUUGAUGAAAAUGCCCCCCAAAUGCUGUUUACACCAUAAAGGGGGUUAUUUUCCCCCCUUGGGGUUAAAAAAAAAAAAAGCCAGAGGGUAUUUUGCUAGAAAAAAUGGUAAAGGAGGAAGAUUUAGACAUAUCAUCUUCUCCUCCCUCCAAACACCAAUGCUUUUGUGUAAUUCAGCCCUAAGUGAUCUUGGCGUUUUGUUUGUCCAUAAGUUUUUAACAUACUCUUGUGGCAUCUGUAAAUUAUUUUAAAUUGGGUUUAUUUUGGCAUGAAAAAUGAAAAUCUGUUAUCAUCUCUUUUGCUCAGUUGUGUCUUUCAUCACUCAUCUCUUCACAAGGCCCCAGAACACAAGCUUUUCAUCUGAGUUAGGAAUGUGGAAUUACUGAUUCAUGACUGGUUCUGUUACAAUCAUUGUAAUGAAAUCAUUUCCUUCGUUGUAGAUUUUGCCUGUACCAAAGGAUU